AUGAGAUUUAAUUUCAAUAAAAUAAAAGUAAGAUUCACCAAAAAUGGCAGUGAAUUAAUUUUUAGUUCAGAAAAAUUUGUGUUUAAUAUUAAAGAAGUUAACAUGUAGAGUAGGUAUAGAAAUGUGUUGAAACUUAAAUAUCUUCUAAGGGUAAAUUGGCUGUAGUAAUUUAUGAAAAAUAACUAAAUUUAAUAGAAAUAUAUAAUGAUUUUCAAAGGGGUUAAGAUAGUUUGA